AUGAGCUACACCACUGAAAGAUCAAGCAAGGCAAGGCAUUGGACUACGAUGAAGUCUGAUUUCAAGUUUUCCAAUCUGCUAGGCACUGUAUACAGACAGGGAAAUGUGGUGUUUUCGGAGGAUGGAACGCUGCUAUUCUCGCCCGUUGGCAACAGGGUAUCGGUGUUUGACCUGAUUGGUAACAAGUCGUUUACCUUUGAAUAUGAGCAUAGAAGGAAUAUAGCGAGGAUCGACGUCAAUGCCCAGGGUACACUGCUUCUUUCGGUUGACGUGGACGGUCGGGCAAUCCUUGUGAAUAUAAAGACGAGGAAUGUGAUACAUCAUUUCAACUUUAAGGACAAAGUAAACGACGUGAAGUUUUCGACAGACGGUAAGCUCUUUGCUCUGGCAUGUGGGAGGUUUCUUCAGAUUUGGCGGACUCCAGGGGUCAGUGCUGAGCGGCAGUUUGCGCCUUUUGUGCGCUACCGGGUCCACGCGGGGCAUUUCGCCGACAUCACAUCGCUCACAUGGUCGCGGGACUCACGGUUCAUUAUUUCGACCGCGAAGGAUAUGACCGCGAGGAUAUAUUCUGUGAAUGCGGAGGAGAAGGAUCUAGCGUCGAUGACUUUUGCUGGCCAUCGUGACUACGUUAUGGGGGCGUUUUUCAGUGCCGACCAGGAAAAGAUAUACACGGUGAGCAAGGACGGCGCUCUUUUCCAAUGGGAGUACACUAAAAACCCUGCUCUGGCAGAGGAGGAUGACGAAGACGAAGAGCUGGAUCUAUCUAAGUACAGCUGGAGAAUCACCAAGAAGAACUACUUUUACGCGAAAAAUGCGAAGGUCAAGUGUGCCGCAUUCCACGCCGAUUCUAACAUGCUUAUCGUUGGAUUUAGCAAUGGAGAGUUCCGCAUGUACGAGCUGCCUGAUUUCACCUUUAUCCAGCAACUCUCCAUGGGCCAGAACGCAGUGAACACAGUGGCUGUCAAUCGCUCCGGAGAGUGGCUAGCGUUUGGGUCUAGCACACUGGGCCAGCUUUUGGUGUAUGAGUGGCAAUCAGAAUCUUACAUAUUGAAGCAACAAGGUCACUUCGAUGCAUUGAAUGCAUUGGCUUAUUCACCAGAUGGUGCACGUAUUGUGACCGCCGCGGAAGAUGGUAAGAUUAAAAUCUGGGAUAUUGUAUCUGGGUUUUGUCUUGCGACUUUUGAGGAGCAUACAUCGUCUGUCACCUCCGUGCAGUUUGCAAAGAAUGGGCAGAUCAUGUUUUCUUCAUCUCUAGACGGUACAGUUAAGGCCUGGGACCUCAUGAGAUUUAGGAAUUUCAGAACAUUCACUGCUACUGAACGGAUACAGUUUUCUUGCUUGGCAGCAGAUCCGACCGGUGAAGUUGUUUGUGCUGGAUCUUUAGACAAUUAUGACAUCCAAGUUUGGUCCGUUCAGACUGGUCAGUUGCUUGACACACUCUCUGGUCACGAAGGCCCAGUCUCUUGCUUGUCUUUCAGCCGGGAAAAUAGCAUACUAGCCUCUGCCUCUUGGGACAAAACUAUAAGAGUGUGGUCGAUAUUUGGGCGGUCCCAGCAAGUCGAGCCUAUAGAAGCAUACUCUGAUGUGCUGGAUAUUUCCAUGAGACCUGAUGGUAAGCAGGUCGCUGUCUCCACGCUGAAUGGUCAGCUGUCAUUCUUCGACGUUGAAACCUCACGGCAGGUUGGCAACAUUGAUUGCAAGAGGGACAUCAUAUCAGGACGCCAUUUAGAGGACCGGUUUACCUCAAAGAACUCGGCACGGUCCAAAUAUUUCACAACAAUCCACUACAGCUUCGACGGUCUAUCAAUUGUUGCAGGUGGGAACAACAACUCUAUUUGUCUCUACGACAUACCGAAUGAAGUGCUAAUAAAACGUUUCAUUGUUUCCAGAAACAUGACUUUGAAUGGAACCAUGGAGUUCUUGAAUUCGAGCAAGAUGACUGAGGCAGGCUCUCUAGAUUUGAUUGAUCAGGAUGCUGAAAACUCAGACCUAGAGGACCGCAUCGACGUAAGCCUACCCGGCUCGCGUAGAGGCGGUGACAUGUCGACGCGCCGUGUCCGGCCUGAGAUACGUGUCACAGCUGUGCGCUUUUCACCUUCUGCUAAUGCAUUCGCGGCGGCAUCCACCGAGGGCCUGCUGGUAUACUCUGUCGACGACAGCGUCCUCUUCGACCCAUUUGAUCUCGACCUAGAUAUCACACCACAGGCAGUUCUGGAUGCUUUGGCCAACGGCGAUUACCUGCACGCCACUGUCAUGGCGUUCCGGUUGAACGAAGAGUACCUCAUUAACAAGGUCUACGAGGCCAUACCGCCCGACCACAUCUCGCUUUUAUGCUCCAACCUACCAGUCGUAUAUGUUCCCAGGAUCUUGAAGUUCAUUGGGGACUUUGCCAUGGAUUCCCAGCACCUGGAGUUCAACCUGCUGUGGGUAAAGUUUCUACUUGCUGCCCAUGGCCAUUACAUGGUCGCACAUAAACACCAGUUUGCUUCCGCCCUGCGGGCUGUGCAGCGUUUCCUCGGCAGGGUUGCGAAGGACGUCGCUGCUGCGGCCAGAUCCAACACGCAUUCUCACACAUUCCUGACAUCUACGCACAGCAGCCUGCCCAUGUCUGGCUUCGGCGCAGACGACCAGGAACUGAAUUCAGAGCACGAGUCGUCGGACGAGGACAUGGAAAUGCUCUCUGACACUGAAGGGACUUGGUUGGGCUUUAGCGACAAAGAAAAGCCAGUUCCACUGACCAAUGAUGAUUCGGACGAAGACCUAAUAUGA